GCGGCGCGGUCCGCGGGCACAGGCGCGGGUGCGCCAGGCGCGGGCCUCCGUGCCGCCGAGGCCGGGAGACAAAAGGGAAACUGCCUCUGUUUGCCGUGCGGGCUGGGAGCAGCCAGCUCGUCCGCCUCCUGCCCGGCUCCGCGAGCCUCCGCCCCCCACCCCCGGCUGCUGCUCCGCCUCCCUCCCCGCGGGCUGUCCCCGCAGUGCUCCGGGACCCGGCGAGCCUUCGGGGCGCGCGUCGCUGCUGGUGGUUGGGGCUGUAGCUAUAAUAAAUGAUAGAGGAUACAAUGACUUUGCUGUCUCUGCUGGGUCGCAUCAUGCGCUACUUCUUGCUGAGACCCGAGACGCUCUUCCUGCUGUGCAUCAGCUUGGCACUGUGGAGUUACUUCUUCCACACCGACGAGGUGAAGACCAUCGUCAAGUCCAGCCGGGACGCCGUUAAAAUGGUGAAGGGCAAGGUGGCGGAGAUCAUGCAGAAUGAUCGGCUCGGGGGACUCGACGUGCUGGAGGCCGAGUUUUCCAAGACCUGGGAGUUUAAGAGCCACAACGUGGCCGUGUAUUCCAUCCAGGGCCGGAGAGACCACAUGGAGGACCGAUUCGAAGUUCUUACGGACCUAGCCAACAAGACGCACCCGUCCAUCUUCGGGAUCUUCGACGGACACGGGGGCGAGACUGCAGCUGAAUAUGUAAAAUCGCGACUCCCAGAGGCCCUCAAACAGCACCUUCAGGACUACGAGAAGGACAAAGAAAAUAGCGUUUUGUCUUACCAGACCAUCCUUGAACAGCAGAUUCUGUCGAUUGACCGAGAAAUGCUAGAAAAGUUGACGGUAUCCUACGAUGAAGCAGGAACAACGUGUUUGAUUGCUCUACUAUCAGAUAAGGACCUCACCGUGGCCAAUGUGGGUGACUCAAGAGGGGUCCUGUGUGACAAAGAUGGGAACGCCAUUCCUUUGUCUCAUGAUCACAAACCUUAUCAACUGAAGGAGCGAAAGAGGAUAAAGAGAGCCGGUGGUUUUAUCAGUUUCAAUGGCUCCUGGAGGGUCCAGGGAAUCCUGGCCAUGUCUCGAUCCCUGGGAGAUUAUCCGCUGAAAAAUCUCAAUGUGGUCAUCCCAGACCCAGAUAUCCUGACCUUUGACCUGGACAAGCUCCAGCCUGAGUUCAUGAUCUUGGCAUCAGAUGGCCUCUGGGAUGCUUUCAGCAAUGAAGAAGCUGUUCGAUUCAUCAAGGAGCGCUUGGAUGAACCUCAUUUUGGAGCUAAGAGCAUAGUUUUACAGUCUUUUUACAGAGGCUGCCCUGACAAUAUAACAGUCAUGGUGGUGAAGUUCAGGAAUAGCAGCAAAACAGAAGAGCAGUGAACCCUUCAGGGUCUCGGCUGCCUUAGACUAAAGGACUUUCAACACACUGGUCUCUUUUAAUGUAGUGAAAGGCGUGGGAGUUACAGUUAGGAUCAUCCACCUAAACAUGGGAUUCCCCCUCCCUGGUGGCCAUAGGUCUAUAUGCAGAAAUGAACAGAGGGUGCUCUCGGCCACUAUAGCCAAGAGGCUGGAAAAUGGUUUUUCAUGUUUUCCCAAUUCUUUCAUCCAAUGUUCAAAAUAUAUAAAUAUAUAGCUGUAGAUUCACAUGUAUGAAGUGAACGGCAUAUGUGCCAUAUAUUCUCCCACUUGAGAUUCUUUUCAAGAUCUCUUACAGGGUUCUCCAGGCAUCAGACUUUGUCCUCUCUUUGGAGCCGUGAACAGAGCAGGCCUCCAGAGCUGCAGGAGACAGUCUGCAGCGUCAUCUGUGAGUGAAGGCUGAUGUGUCAACACCCGUUGCUGAGAGGCAGAGCUAUCUGAGAAUGCUUUGUCCUCCUGAGCCCAGGUUUUUCUGCUCAGCAGCGGCCCAGACACAGAUUUGGAAUGGUUUAUUAUUCCGUGGCUGCUCUUGGAGACCGAGGGAAGUGGGGAGGAUGAGACCCGCCUGCACAGCAGACAUAACCUUUUCCCCUGACUUCCUUUAUUAGUUAAAUAGACUCUGUGUACCACCUGA